AUGGCGUUCAGAGCCCUAGCAGGAAAGCCUCCCAAGGGUUCCGUAACCAUGGAUCCCAACUGCGCAAUAUGCCAUGCGCCAGCGACGUUGGCGUGUGAAUGUGAAGCACGAGGGCUUGAGAUGGCUAUUCGGCAAGCAGAGGACCACAUGAUGAGAUCUGUUUACAAUGACAUACGUUCUUGGGUCCGUGGUCAUGCUCAGGACUACGUCUUGGAGUACUUCCGUUUGCUCACCGAGAGACGGAAAAACGCUCACACGACACACCUAGACCAGAUAACUGCUCAUUCUUUCUACCAUUACAAUGCCCCUCCGCACCCAAAUCAAAUUGCCGAAGCCCAAGGGGCUCUCAAGCGCGGCAUUGACGAAGACUGGCAAGCUAGUGUUCAGCGAUAUCCUGAAGUGCUCGAAUAUUUCUUUGGCCUUGUUGAGCUCUCAUUACCGGCGGAUGAUGAGUCUGCCGUCAAAGAUCCACCCCUGAGUGCCUUGAAUGGACAUCGCAAGGCUACUCGGCGUAGCCUCGAAGGGACCGGUAGCGGUAGUGGUAGCGAUGGUAGGCGGGCGGCCCCAGCGUUGGCCGGCACACCUUUCCAACCGAUGUCGUCGUAUUCUGGUCGAGACACGACUUUGGACCGCCGUUCAUCACAACCACCAAGCCGUCGACCGCCCCCUCCUGCGCACUUACCGCCUCCUCCAUCGUCCUACUAUGGCGGAGGAUUCAGAUGA